UUGAGAUGUUGACGAAUACUCCCCAGAAAUGACCGUAAAGAAUGUUCAACUGGGGUGCAGCGUUGGCGCUGAAGAGAUCAAAGGCCAAUGCUCGAAACGUCCUUGUCAUUAUGGGCAACGACUACGCCCCAGCGAGGAUCCACAAUGACGAUCGUCUGCGCUGUCUGAAUCGAUGGCCCUGCAGUGUGACAUUAUGUUGAUAAGUAUAAAGGAAACGAGAGGAAUGGACAGUUAAGAUCAUCAUCCAGAUCGUUCGCUGCGCUUCUACCUCGCUACUUACACAUCUUUACAGCAACUCUUUCUGUCCUUGCGAACUUCUUGCUUCACAUAGACCAUUCGCUCCAUAUAAAGAUGCGUCUCACUCAGACAGUCCUCUCGGGCCUGACUCUCCUGUCGGCCGUAUCCGCCCAUCCAGGACAUGACCUCUCCCAGGAAAUCGCCGAACGUCGCGAGUUCCUCAGCUCCGUGAAGCGCUCCGAUCUCAGCCACUGUGCCGCCAAGUUGAAGGCACGUGGUGUCAACAAGCGCAAUGCCGUCCGUCGCGAGGCAGCUCUCGAGAAGGCCCGCGCAAAGCGUGGCUUGAAGAAGCGCGACCUUGACACUGUGGUCGCCACUGACCACAACGCUACCGCCAAGGGUUACACCUUGAACACGGACGCUACUACGCUCUUCAGUGGUAAUGCUUCCUGCGUUCUGACGCCCGAGGUCACCCAGGGUCCCUAUUAUGUCGGAGGCGAGUGGAUUCGCAGCAACAUUGCUGAGGACCAAGCCGGCGUUCCAACUUUGAUCGACUACCAGGUCAUUGACGUUGACACCUGCGAGCCCGUGACCGGCGUUUACCUUGAGAUGUGGCACUGCAACUCCACCGGUGUCUACUCUGGCAUAGUUGCUUCCGGCAAUGGAGAUUCCUCCGACGAAAGUAACAUCGACAACACCUUCCUCCGCGGAAUCCAGAAGACCGAUGCCGAUGGUGUCGCCCAGUUCGAGACUACGUUCCCCGGCCACUACACCUCCCGCGCCACCCACAUACAUCUCAUGGUCCACACCAACCCUACACUGUAUGUCAACGGCACGCUUGGCAACAACGUUUCAACCUCCCACGUUGGACAGGCCUUCUUCGACCAGAACCUCAUCUCUGCCGUCGAGCUCACCGAGCCGUACAACACCAACACCCAGCAGAUCACUGAAAAUGCUGACGACUCUAUUCUCGGUGAAGAAGCUGACAGCGUUGACCCUUUCCACGAAUACACCCUUCUCGGCGACGAUCUCUCUGACGGCAUCUUCGCUUGGUUGGCUUUCGGCAUUAACUCUACUCAAGUGAACUCUGUCACACCCGCUGCUUACUAUUAUAAGGAGGGCGGUGUCGCGAACGAGAACUCCGGCGGCAUGGGCGGCGGAAGUGGUGGCGCCCCUCCUAGCGGCAGCGGUGCUCCCAGCGGUGGUGUCCCCAGCGGCUCUGCUCCCGCUGCCUCGGCCACUGCUUAGACGGUGAACGAUUUGAUCGUUCAUCCUUGGCCCGCUCGUACACGGUCGUGACGCUAAAUCUUAGUCGACAUAGUGUCGCAAUCUUCUCCUGUCUAUACUCCCUCACUUGUGCUUGUCGCAUUUUAUGCGCGCUAAAGAUGUUUACUUUUCCUGUACAUAGAAUCAAAUACCCAGGCCUUGUCGUUGUCCACCCU